AGCUGUCUCGCGAUGCGCGCUUUCGUGCUUUUUGGACGUAGACGGGAGGCUCUCAAGUCUCCCCAUCAACUUCUAGACGGCAGCUAUGUAAUCGACCUAAUGGCAGGUAUUUAAAACCCUCGCGGUAUUUACCGCUCGUUCACCCGUCGCCCUUUCAUUAGAUUCCCUCAAGGAGUAGACCACGCGGGAUAUGCACAGUAAUGGUAUCUAGUUGCUAGGUAUGGUGGGCGCCUGAGGCAUCAAACAUCUCUAAACCUGUAUGGCAGCCUUACAUAAUACGGAAGCCCCACUAAACUACGGUCCACUUUAUUUUUUUGCUGUCUACAUAUAUUACCUACCUUGUCUCUGUGAUGCAUCUCCUACAGCUUCAUUUUUCCCAUAACAUCCACCUAGUAUUAGCCUAUUCUUCUGCCUUUGAUCGCCGCUGUGACAGAGACGAACCUCGAUACCCCCGCUUCCCUCCUCCCCUCCCCUCCCCCUCUAUCCUACACGAAGCCCGACGGAACUAUACGGACUUGGAAUCACCGACCCAGGAAUUGAAGCAAGAGGAAGAGACCGAGUGAUAGAGAGAAGAAAGGACCCAAGAAGAAAAGACAAUGGGCAAGCGGAAGCGAGGAGACGGCGCCGCCGGUGCCGCUUGUCCUAACCGGGCCGCAGCACAUCAGCCGCAGGAACCGACAACUGCUACGAAGAAGGCGAAGAUAACUAUGGCUAACGAUCCGGCACCGACGCCGGCAAACGGCACGGCGAGCCCACCAUUUGUGCUGCAGAUUGUCACAGGCUCUUACGAUAGGGUUCUACACGGGUUGACGGCUACUAUAUCGCUCUCCGCCGACGGCAACGAUGGCAGCGGCAAAGACGACGACCGGGUCGAAUUCGCCGAUACGUUCCUAUUCAACGCACAUAGCUCGGCAAUACGCUGCCUGGCGCUGUCGCCACCGUCGGCGCCCGAACCGGGCCGACUGCAGAAGGUGAUGCUGGCCUCGGGCAGCAGCGACGAGCGGGUUAACGUGUAUAGCAUCUCGGCGCACCCGCCGCGGCGGAAGGCGGGGCAGGACUUUCUGUCGUCGGCGACGCCGCGGCGGAUCCUCGAGAACCCCAAGAACCGCGAGCUCGGCGCGCUGCUUCACCACGCGUCGACGGUGACGCGGCUCGCCUUCCCGACGCGGUCGAAGCUCAUGUCGGCGUCGGAGGACUCGACCGUCGCCGUCACGCGCACGCGCGACUGGGCGCUGCUGUCGACCGUCCGCGCGCCCGUACCGAAGCCCCAGGGCCGGCCGAGCGGGGACACUGCCGCCCUCGGCGCGACGCCCGCCGGCGUCAACGACUUUGCCGUACACCCGAGCAUGAAGCUUAUGAUCACCGUAAGCCGCGGCGAGCGGUGCAUGCGGUUGUGGAACCUGAUGACGGCGAAGCGGGCCGGCGUGCUUAACUUCGGCCGGGACGCGCUGCAGGAGGUUGGCGAGGGGGGUCGCGCUUCAUCCGGCGAGGGCCGCCGCGUCGUCUGGGGCGCAACCGAGGACGGGGACGAGUUCUGUGUCGCGUUCGACCAUGGCGCACUCGUCUUCGGCAUGGACAGCACGCCCAAGUGCCGCGUCGUGCCUAGCCCGCGACGCAAGAUCCACGAGAUCCGCUACCUAACCCUCGACACGACGAGCGAGUCGUCGCUCAUCGCCACGUCGACCGAGGACGGGCGGAUCCUGUUCUUCUCAACGAGGAGCGAGGACCUGGCCCCCGCGACCGAGCCAUCUUCUUCCUCUACUACGGCGGGAGCGGAGGGAAGACGAAAGGCGGCGCCAUUACCCGCAGCCAAACUAGUAGCACAGCUCGGGGGCAAAGAAGCCGGGGUGUCGGCGCGGAUUAAAGACUUUGCCAUAGUGAGGCUGGUCGGACAGGCUGGCGGCGGCGGAGGGCGUGACGACACCUUGAUCAUCGCCACCGGCAGCAGCGACGGCACGCUCCGCGUCUUCAAGCUCGGCGUCGCAGAGUUGACGGCGGCGCAGAAAUCGGCGACGGCGAAGACGGUGGGCAAGCUGCUCGGCACGUACGAGACCCAGAACAGGAUCACGUGCCUGGAGGCGUUCGCGAUGAUACCGCGGCCCGAAGGCGUGGAGGAUAGCGAGGAUGAUGACGAAUUCGAAGACGUCUCGGAGGACGAGGACGAGGACGAGGACAAAGAUGGGGGCGAGAAUGAGGAGGGCUAAGACGGGGUUCGGUCGCGUCUUAACAUGUACCUACCGUGCUGUCACGUUUCCGCCUACGCGAAUACGAUCUCGCAGGGCGAGCUAGCUUUCUUUCCAGCCGGGGAGCAGGGGGGGGGGGAAGAAACUCGACGAUGUCGGACGAGAAUACAAGCUUCGAGGGCGAGCACACGUUCCCAAAAAGCACAAGCUAAGCUAGCACGGAGCAUAGCCAAAGGAGGGGUAAAAAACAAGAGAAUGGCGCAGGAGUAGGAUGAGAGUCUACGUGAACAACCCAAUAAGCGAUUCGCCAAUUGCAUCCAACUUUCUUGGGGGGGUAGCACGUAUACCGCGUGACGAAAGAAACGAGUUCACGAAAGCUACGAGCGGGGUCAGAGAGUGACACGAGGAGGGAGGGGAGGGGAGGGGGAGCUUAUGCUCUCGGUCAGAUUGGCGAGGAGAUCGUUGGUUACAGAUCGGUUUCCAUCGGGUCAUGCCAACUCGAGCUGGUCCCCUGGUGACCUAGAGUAGGCAAUCGACGGCCACUUACGUAAAGGCGAAUGCAGGCGUGACGGCGGGAAGAUGUGCACGAAGUAGAACAAGUGUCUAGGGCGGCGUCGAGUCCGGAUGGACAAGGCCAGGACGGGAGGAAGACGGGGUCGGGAGAGCGUACACGCAGGCUUGAUGGGUUGUGUACGAGCAAGACUGGAGAAAG